AUGACGCUCGUCGACAUACGUGUCGAGCUCCCUGCCUUCUCCCGGACUAUCAAUGUCCAGGUUCCUGACUCUGCAACUAUUCUUGAGGUGAAGGAGGAAAUUUCGCGGGUCUGUAUUGGCUCUCCGCGUGUUGACGGACAACGAGUUAUAUGGAGAGGUCGCCCGCUUGUCAACAGCGAGAGAAUACAGGAACUUUGGAAGUCUCCUGAAGAACCACGAAUUGUUCAUUUAGCCGUGCAUCCAUCAGCAUGGGCUUCUACCCCGCCAGACAUUCCGCCAACAUCUGGUCCCACUCUUUCAACUACAUCUAUUCCUUCGUUCGCUACCCCUCCACUCGCGCCGACUCCAUCCGUUCCUUCUCCAAACCGCCCAACCGCACUUGCAUACGCUUCUGCGCGUCACGAACAGGCCGUUAGUGCACUAGAGCAAAGACCAGUUAUUCCUCUGGAAGCAGAGACACUUGUACAACGGUCUGCCGCUAUCCAGAUCGUUGAGAACCAUGGAUGGCAAUGGCCUGCCAUUCUUGACCAAGAAUUCCCUCUUCGGGAACCCGGUGGCGCCAAAUACGAACAGGCUGUGAUAGACGGCAAGACCUAUCUACGUCUGGUUGUUGAUGAGCAACCCACCGCGAUCCAACGCCACGCAUUCAAGGUUCUAGCUAUGACCUUCCCCAUAUUAGCGAUACCCAUCCCUACACCAACACCGACUCAGACUGCCACUGUCUCCCAUGCAGUCCCUGAUGUCAAUGCACUCUUCCAACAAAUCGGCGUUCCAGUUGCGCGUAAUGCGGCCAAUAUGAAUCCAAUGCCUCCACCCGCCCCAGCCGCUUUAGAAAUUCCUUUGCGUCCACUUCUUGUGCCGCUACUUUUCCUGAUACUCCGAACCGCUGUUCUGCUCUACUUCUUCGCGCCUGCGAGGAAACCCGUAUUUGGCAUCAUGAUUGUCUUGUGGAUGUUGUAUGAAGUUUGGCGGCCCAUUCGACAAGGCCUUGCAAGAGGGUGGAAUCGUGGUGCGCCAGACGGUGCCAGGCAAAACCAAGCGCCUGACCACCUGCAACCUCAAGCUCAGCAACAACCUCAACAGCAGCCACAAGCAGAUGCUGCGGCUGGAGGUGUCAAUCGUGGCGGCCAAAUAUUUAAUCGUCCUGUUGGAGCCCGCGCUGGAGGAAAUGCUGCCAACGAGCUGGAUCAGCAGGUCGAUGCUAUUUUCGAUGGCCUGGCGAAUAUUAAUAUCGAGAACGAGCAAGAUGUCUUUCGACGAAAUGCGCCCGAGCCAGGAUUAGGCAGCAAAGUGGUCACGUUUGUUUCGUUGUUCGUUUCAACGUUGCAUCCAGCGGUAUGGAAUCGGAGGCGGGCGGUAUUAAGACAGAGGGAAACCCAGAUUCGAGUUGACGCAAAUGCGCGUGCAGCAGAGUUGGAUGCCAACACUGAAGACCCAGAGGCUCGGGCUCGCAUCGAAAGACAACAGGAGCUUAAUGCUCAACAUGAACAACGCCCUCGAUGGCUGAGAGAGUAUAUUGGGAGGGUUGUAGACGGAGGCUGGGUUGACGAAGCCGAUUAA